AUGACUUUCACCGUCCUCUCCGACGCCGACAUUCAAACCCUCCUCCAUAACAUUUCCCCAUCCGACGUCCAGAACCUUGCAUCAGCACUCAACCAAGCCCUUACCGAAUACUCAUGCAACGAUGAAGUUCCCUAUCAACCACAUCGCGCGCAUGUCGCGCGACCAAACGGUCAGGUCAGCCUCUUCAUGCCAGCAACAACACCAUCAUCUAUCGGUGUGAAGAUAGUCGGUGUCGCACCAUCUCAAGCGACUCCACCUGGAGAGAAUCCCAAGCCUGCACUACGAAGUGUACUUACGAUUUGCGAUGAGUCGGGACAGGCAGUAGGCGUGUUGAAUGCGGCAGAGUUGACGGCGUUCAGAACAGCGCUGGGGAGUAUGUUGUUGUAUCGGUACCGGAAGAAGACUGAGAACAUAGUGGUGUUUGGAGCGGGUAAGCAGGCAGAGUGGCAUAUCCGCCUUGCUAUCCUCCUGAAAGGAGAUGCUAUCCGGAAGAUUACUGUUGUAAAUCGAUCAAGUGCAAGAGCGAAGGAACUCCUUAAUUCACUGGCACAAUCGAAAGUCGGUGGACAUAUCAAGAUGGAUAUUUUCAAUGACAAGGAAGAUGCGUUGGAGAAUUUGGUCACAGAAGCAGAUGUCAUGUUUUGCACAACACCCAGCACAUCUCCGUUGUUCCCGGCUUCGUAUAUUACAUCGAACGCUGGCCUUGCUAAGUCUCGGUAUAUCGCUGCAAUCGGGUCUUAUCGUUUGGACAUGCAAGAGAUUGAUCCGGAGUUACUGGAGGAUAUCAGCAAUCCCUCCGGUCUUUUUGCCUCUCAGGUCUACCAAGGGUUGAUCACUGUUGAUAGCAUCAAAGGAUGUAUGGACGAGGCUGGUGAGCUGGUAGCAGCGGGACUGAAACCGGAGCAGAUGCUUGAGGUGGGGAAGGUGGAUAGGUUGAGGAGCGAUAGCGGGGUGCAGAAGUGGCUUGAAGAGGGGUUUGUUGUGUACAAGAGUGUCGGCGUGGGUAUUAUGGAUAUCGCGAUUGGCAAGGCUUUGAUGGAGCUGGCCGCGGAGAAGGGGGUCGGCGUGCAUUUGGAUAGUUUUUGA